AUUACUAACCAUGUAAGAGGAGGACCAUUUGAGCCCAGCUUUCUCCACAGGUGGGGUUGGUUGGAAAGAUGGAAAUCCAAUGCUGCUGGAUUUAAUCUAACAUCACCAAUAUGCCUCCAGUGACCAUCUAACCUAACUUUGAACAACCAUGGAAAUUCUACAGCAGCAGCCUGCACGUGCCUCUCCCAUUUCUGCCAUGUUUUCCUGGCCCUUCUCCAUCCAGCUGUCUGGAAUGAAGAUGCUUUACCUCCAGGUUUUUAUGUUCUUCUGUUGCUUACUAACCUUGACUCCAGCCCAACUACCUGAAAAUGUUCCAAGAAACCUGGAAACAGGCAAGCUACAGCCUUACUGUUAUUGGAAGGACAAGCCCAGUAAAGCAGAAAAAGUCCAGGACCUGAAUUCUAAUUCUACCUUGGAGGCGCAUUCCUUGUAUCUCCACAAGUUUAUGGAACAGAGUUUCAUCACAGCCCGCUUUGAUGCUUUGAAGAAUGUGGAAACACCAUCUACUACCAUUAUUGGCAAGCUGAUGGGGAGAGCAGAAUCAAAUCUCCAGGAAUUCCUUGAGUUUAAUAUUACCAAUGCCAAGCUUUUCCAUGUUAGAAUUCAGACAGCUAAGGAGCAACCUCAUCUCUCUUCAAAAAGCCCGAUCAAAGUCAACAUGGAAUUCACAGUGCCAGUUACUAAACACAUGAUCCUGUUGCAUGUGACCAUUACCAUGCCAGCUAAAGUCAAAGCAGAAAAAGAUGAGAAGAAUAAAAUCCACCUGGACCUUGGAUCCUGUGUCACCGAGGACAACAGCUUAAACAUCACAAUUACUUAAAUGAUCACACAACAUAGUUCAGUAGCAGAGCUGGAAUUUGAACUUAGAUCUUCUGAUGCCAAGUUCAAUCUUAAUCAAGAUAAUAUAGCCUAUGGAUUGGAUCGAAUAGAAAAUGAUUGUCAUAAACUCUGACCAUUUUACUCCAUGCAGAUUUUUUUCCUUGUCAUCAUUUUUUCUCUAUCUUGGAAGACUUUCCAGACAUCAGCUCUUGACUUUAGCUGCUGAUGUCCAUAAUGAUUAGAUUACUGCUGAUUGCAAGGAACACACAUUUCUUGGGAUAAACCUAAAGCCCUCACCUUCUCCAGGUUUCAAAUAUGUCCUCCUACUGUUGCUCUUUUUACAGUAAACCACGCUUUUUGGACCUGAUACAGUAAUCUUCAUUCCUUACUACCUUCACUGGUUAAAUGCCCUUGAGUUGGCAACUGGUGGUAUUGUGGUCAUUGUGGCUAUGAGGAUUCAGUGCUAAUCACUGGGCUCAGAAACAUCAAAGAAAUGAAAACCCAAAUCAGAUCAUUUUUGAAAGAGCAUCGUGGUCCUGCUUGAGGACUUUAGACACGGUGAAAGAGCCCUGGACCAUGAGACCUAAAUUCUAGUCCUGGCUCCCUUAUAAUUGGUGACUUUGGGUAAGCCGUUUCCUCUACCCAGGGGAUUUUUCUUACGUGUAAAAAGAAGGACUGGACCUGAAGUUUAAGUCUCUUCAAGUUGUUCCCUACAUGAUUUGAGAAUUUUCCCUUCUGUCUUAAUGUACUAAUAAUGGAAAUUUACAAAGAAGCUUAAAGUUUGGCAAUACACUUUACAUAUG